CCCUCUUAAUCUAGUCCAUUUCUGAAAAGUGUGAAUUUAGACAGGUUGCUCUGAUUUCGACAGCCAAUUUUUAUAAAAAAACAAACUAAUAAUUUCAAAAUGAAGAAGAGAGACUGGAUUUUUUAUGUGGCAAUACUUGGGAUGCAAAUAGUCGUCAUGGAUGCCACUUAUGGUCCAGAGGCAAAGGUGCCCAAUCGAUGCACGAUAAAGGGAUUGCAGUGCAGGAUGCACACUGCCACUCUCCAUUGGAAAAAUGGCGACGACGAUAAAAGGAUGGUAAAAUACAUAAUCCAAUACAACACGAGCUACGACCCCGACCAAUGGCACACCAUGGUGAAUUUCGUUCCCGGGCACAUGAAUCAAUGGCUGGUGACGAUGAAACCCUGGGCCACCUACAAUUUUAGGAUAAUAGCCGUUAAUAACGUUGGUAGUUCUGAGCCCUCCCUGCCUACACGAAAAGAUUGCUAUUCCCCCAGAGGUCCCCCGAAAAAUCCCGAAAACGUCACCGUGGUUGCUGAAAUGAACAAAUUGAUUAUACGUUGGAACGCCUUAAAACCGAUCGACCAAGCUGCUCCCGCAUUAAGAUACCACGUUUACUACAGAAGGAGUUACAGGGGUUUUACUUACAAAAAGGUCAUAGUGGGCAAUUGGUUGCUUGACCACAUUGUUAUCGCCAACCAGUCCAGUUAUUAUAAUUAUCGGGUCAAAGUUCAAUCAGUUAACAGCUUUGGAGAGGCGCUUAGUGUUCCGUCAACCAGUUUUUCGCAUAAUAAAACUACUGAGCCAGGAUACAAGCCGGAAUGGGAUUGGAAAAUACUGAAAAAAAAUGAUAAUGUCACUGUAAUCGAAAUUGAGACAAUUCCAGAUAAAUACGAUACCAAUUUUGGCGUAUACCAAAUCGACUACAAACUGAGGGACGACAACGUAUUCAAAACCACCAACUUCUCUCUAUUAAGAAAACCUAUUGUUAUAGAAUUACAAAACAAGCAACUCUACUUGUUGCGCUUAUGUACAAUGGACGGCGAGUACUAUGUUUACAGCAAUGACAAGUUUAUCGACACUAAAGUUGGUAAACCGAAGCCUUUGGUACCAAUUUGGUACCAGGUGGGACUACCAACUACAAGAUUACUACCGGUUACUGUGGCUACUACAAAGUUAUUGUCUGUUACCACAAAGAAAAUACCUUUUACUUUGGCUACCACCACAACAACUAACAGGCCAACCGCAGUUACUACAAAAUUAUUGCCCAAAACUACAACCAACAGGCCAACUACAGUAACCACAAAGAGAUUGCCUGUUAGUUUUACUACCAGCACUACAAAGAAAUCACCUGUUACUGUGCGCACCACCACUAAGAGGCCAACUAUAACUACAAAGAGAUCACCUGUUACUGUGCGCACCACCACUAACAGGCCAACUACAACUACAAAGAGAUCACCUGUUACUACAACCAACAGGCCAACUACAGUAACCAAAAGAUUGCCUGUUAGUUUUAGAACCAGCACUACAAAGAAACCACCUGUUACUGUGCGCACCACCACUAACAGGCCAACUAGAACUACAAAGAGAUCACCUGUUACUACAACUAACAGGCCAACUACAGUUACUAAAAAACGAUUGCCUGUUAGUUUCAUUACGAGAACUACAACAACUAACAAGCCAACUCCACCUGUCACUUUUACCACAACUACGAGUACUACAGACCGAUCAACAUCCACAUCAAUUUUGCCACCGCCGAAUGAUUUUUCUACUGAUUCGGUGGACCUGGACAAUGACGACUUUAACAAAGAAAUGCUGCUGGAAAACGAGGAGGCUCUGACCAUUUUUCUCUUCGUGUUGAUCGCGUUUGCCGGAAUUUUGGCCUUGGUCAUGAUCGUAAUGUUUGUGCGCAGCUGCGUGAUGAUAGAAUGUUUGUAUUGUUGCCGCGGUUACAAGACGGACAUGCCGCCCAUGAUGAUAAUAGAGAGGGGAGUGUCCUCGUCAGGCGGAAGCAUACUUGAUUUAACGAUGGAAGCAAAAGAAAAUCUAAAAUCUCCAAUAGAAAAACCAACAUGUAAUGAGUUAAAAACCUUCAAAGAAUACAAAUCGUUUGAUGAAAUUCAAAUCUGCAAUGAAGUACCAUUUAACGUUACUAAUGUCCCGCCUCCACAACCUGUGCCAAAAGGUAUACUGCAGACCCAAAUUAGCAACACACUGGAGAGGAACAAAAAGAAGGCCAUGCUGAAGAAAAGCAACUCAAUUAAAUGGAGCGAUGACCAAAAGCCGGAAAUAAAUGAAAAUAAGGAAGUGCCACUAUUAAUGUCGGUAAACGAACCACUACCAAACGAUAUUGUUAAAAAUGGGCCACAGGAUAUUGUUGCAAAUAUUCAACAAAACCUGCCUCUAGUCAAUUUGUCCGACGACCAAUCAGCGAGCGUUAUGAAGGAUCUUUCAGAGACGGAAAACGUUCCAUUUCCAAACAUUACUAUCGUAAAUGGGCCACAAGAAGCUGGUGAUAAAAUUCAACCUAACAUAUCUGUGGUCGAUUUGUCCGAAAAAGAGCAAUUAUGUUGCUUUGCAAACGAGGAAUUCUCAUGCAUUUCGACCAUACAGAUGAGCGACGGUAGCCAAGGCAACAUGGCCCCGCGCCCCAAGCCUAAGCCCAAAUGUUUUUGUAAACCAAAGCCUCCUGUGAUUAAGGGAUAUGAACCUGGAUUGCCGACUGUCUCCGAGUAUCCGAACGAUGCUAAGCUUUACCAUGAGACUUUCUUGUAAACAGGUGGAACUUGAUGUGCCUAUACUUUUUAGCCGAUAAUUUAUAAGUAUUAAAAGUUUCGUUUUUUUUUAAUUAGCAUGUAAGUUUAACCGAAAUACUAAGUUUUGUUUAAUGAAAGUAUUUCCUUUUUUUUUGUUGUUAAAUUAGCAUGUAAGUUUUUACUAAAAUACCAAGUUUUGUUUGUUAUCUAAUUUUUUUUGUUUUUUUUAUUAUUAUUAUAACGGAUAAGAAUGUUAUGUUUUUGUUUUUUAAUUUAUUUACUAUAGUUAAGUUUCGUUGAC